CAUUGUUCAAGCCGCGACUUGGCGCCUCUUUCAGUUUCUGGAGCAACAUGUGGGGCUUAUCCUGCUCCUCCCUUGCUUAUCCUUCGCCUAAUUUCAGACCUUUCGCUCCGGCAGCAACCCUUCGCUCCGGCACUUCUCUGCCGGUGCCCGUCGAUCGGAAUCAUUACACUUCCGACACCCCAUUUGCUCCGGAGGUUGUUAAGGCGGUAGACUCCUUGCAGUAUGAAUUCAGAGCAGUGGAUAAUCUGGUGGCACGUAAUACUGCUAAAGUUCUCAAAGCCUUUCAGAACGCUCGGUUAGGAUCUCAUCAUUUUGGCGGAUCCACUGGUUAUGGCCACGAUGAAGCUGGAGGGCGUGAGGCACUUGACAAUGCUUUUGCUGAGAUAGUUGGAGCAGAAUCUGCAAUAGUCCGAUCACAGUUUUUCUCAGGUACUCAUGCCAUUACAUGUGCCUUAUUUGCACUUUUGAGGCCAGGGGAUGAGCUUUUGGCGGUAGCUGGUGCUCCAUAUGACACACUAGAGGAGGUCAUAGGAAAAAGAGAUUCUCAGGGGCUGGGCUCCUUGAAAGAUUUUGGAGUAGACUAUCGAGAAGUUCCACUUGCCGAGGAUGGUGGACUUGAUUGGGAAAAACUUGCAAGUUCUUUGAAACCUCAAACAAAAUGUGCGCUCCUACAAAGGUCGUGUGGUUAUUCUUGGCGUCGAAGUUUAAGUGUUAGUGAAAUAGGAAGAGCAAUAAAACUGAUUAAGAAGCAAAACCCUGAUUGCUUGGUGAUGGUGGAUAACUGUUACGGAGAAUUUGUGGAAACCACUGAACCUCCAACUGUGGGUGCGGACUUAAUUGCAGGAAGUCUGAUAAAAAACCCUGGUGGAACGCUUGCACCUUGUGGCGGAUACGUUGCAGGUCGAGACAAAUGGGUAAGAGCUGCUGCAGCUCGUUUGUCUGCACCUGGCUUGGGCGUGGAUUCGGGCUCUACUCCCGGUGAUAUCAUGAGGACAUUUUUUCAAGGGUUAUUCCUUUCACCUCAAAUGGUUGGCGAGGCAGUUAAGGGAAUGAUUCUAAUAGCUGAAGUCAUGGCAUCAAAAGGCUACAAAGUGCAGCCGCUCCCACGCUCGCCCCGUCACGACACCGUUCAGGCAGUAAAACUCGGAAGUCGUGAACUUUUACUUGCAUUCUGUGAGGCUGUACAGAGAAGCUCCCCCGUGUCUUCGUUUACCAAACCUGUUCCGGGAGUAACUCCUGGAUAUGCAUCAGAGGUGAUCUUUGCUGAUGGGACUUUCAUUGAUGGAAGCACUAGUGAACUUUCAUGUGAUGGACCUCUCAGAGAACCAUUUGCAGUCUUUUGCCAGGGUGGAACACAUUGGACUCAGUGGGGCUUAGUACUAGGAGAAAUUUUGAAAUCUAUAUAGAAGAAGCUCUAGUUACACAUUACAAACCCACUUCAGAAACUUCCUUUAAAGAUCUCAUAGAAUUUUCUGCCAUUCAUACAGAGCCAACUCAUCCAAAAAUUUGUAGAACAUAGGGACAGAAAUGUCUUUCUGUCAAUUUCCUUGAUCCAAAUAAAACUUUUUUUUUUGUGCUAUGCUUUCUGAGUUGUUUAAACAAGGAAUUGAUGUCGGUGCUCGAGUCGAGCAUGGUAAUGGUUCAAGAUAGGAGCGUAAGUAGGUCGGGUUGGAUAGUUUUAUUGUACUGUGCCUCAUAGGUAUUGUUUUUGAAAUUUUAGGCGUUCAUUACUUGAUAACUAGGUAACAAGGUAUUACAAUUAAUUCGAGAAGUUAUUGAGCUUUGUAAAUAAAAAAUAUAUAUUGUCAUUGUCA